UUCCCGCACGUAGACAAUGUUGUUUGGUGAGGGUUAGAGGUCGGUCUGUUGCCGGAUUCCUCAGACAUGGCGCAGCGCUGGGAUGCGGUGUUCGUGUCUUUAGCGGCGAUUUCCCUGUUGGGAAUGCCGGUCGCAGUGACCGGAGCCGGGCUUUACUCUCCGGGCGACCAGGUCACCAUCCUGGACACGGACAACUUCGACAGGAUUCUAUACAACUCCAGCAAUGCCUGGCUGGUGGAGUUCUACGCCUCCUGGUGCGGACACUGCAUCAACUUCGUUCCCGUGUGGAAAGCGCUGGCGAGCGAUAUCAAAGAGUGGAAGCCUGCAGUGAGCCUGGCUGUCGUCAACUGUGCAAACUUGAAGAAUGCAAAAAUGUGUCGAAGUUUUGAAGUGAACGCCUAUCCAACAAUGAAGUUCUUCAAAGCGUUUUCAAAACCAUUCUUCAGGGGAAAGCCUCUUGAUGAUAAGGAUUCUAAGUCCACUGUGUCAUCUCUACGCCAUGCUAUCAUUGAUCACCUGGAGCAACAUGGAGAGGAUGUGUGGCCCCCAGCCUGUCCCCCAUUGGAACCAGCCAGCAUGGCAGAGGUGCAGAACUUCUUUGUUGACAACAAUGUUCAGUAUUUGGCACUGAUUGUCGAAGAAGGGAGCUCCUACCUGGGCCGAGAGGUGAUCCUGGAUAUGCUGCAGUACGAGAACAUCGCUGUGCGCCGAGUUCUGAGCAGUGAAGAGAAUCUCACAGUGACACUUGAUGUUCAGGAGAUCCCAUCUUGUUACCUAUACUUCUCUAACAGCACCCACAGGAAGGUCACAGUGAAAAUGCCAACACGUACUUUCUACACGUAUCACUUGCGCCGGUUACCAGGGGUGACGCGUGGCGCUUACAAGCUGGCUGAACUGAACUCGACACAUAUGAGCACACCUCCACCAUGGAGAGACUUUGACAGUUCCAAAAUAUACAUGGCUGACCUGGAAUCGGCACUUUACUAUUCUCUCAAAGUGGAGGUGGGAUCACAUCAGGAGCUGUCGGGAAAGGCCCUCACUGCUCUGAAUCAGUUCAUUGGUGUGCUCACAAAGUUCUUUCCUGGGCGACCCUUUGUCAUGAAUUUGCUUCAGAUCACUAACUCCUGGCUGGCAGAAGCUACCAUGGCACCAAUCUCCAACAAUGCUUAUAUGGAUGUGCUAAGCAACAAGAAGGGGACAACCGGGGCAUUGCUACCUGAAGGAGUGAAUUGGGUGGGUUGCCAGGGCAGCAGGCCUCACUUCCGAGGUUACCCAUGCUCUGUCUGGACCCUGUUCCAUCUCUUGACAGUGCAGGCAGCAAAAUACAAUGAAUCAAUGUCACACAAAGGAAAAACUGCUCAGACUGGCCCCCAGGAGGUUCUGUACACCUUGAGGCAAUAUGUCAAAUACUUCUUUGGCUGUCGGGCGUGCGCCACCCAUUUCGAAGCCAUGGCGAAGGAAUCCAUGGAUCAUGUCGACAGCUUCGAUAAGGCCACAUUGUGGCUGUGGUCUCGGCACAACCGGGUCAACAACAGGCUGGCAGGUGCACUAAGUGAGGAUCCAAUAUUCCCAAAGCUUCAAUGGCCACCUCCAGACAUGUGUGCAGAAUGUCACAGUGAGGUCGAAGGAGAGCACCAGUGGAUUACAGACGAGGUGCUGAAAUUUCUCAAUGUGUAUUAUUCUCCGUCGAACAUUGACUACACUUACCUGGAGGGGGAGCAGGAGCUACUGAAGAAACAGAAAGUGAGGGAAGAAGUUCAGCAGGACCGAGAGAAGGAUGGCCCAAAACAAGAGGAGGAAAAAGAUGAAGGAGAUGAAGAGGAUGAGGAAGAAGAAAGAAGUGAGGAAACACCAGUAAGAAAUGAUAAGCAACAGGAGACCUCCAAAGCCAUAACAGGUAUAAGAAGGGAUGGGAGUCAAAAGAGGACUUUCAUUACGGGCAAGCGUAUGCGCAGAGGACAAGAUGACAUUGUGGACUUAGACACUUUUGUGAAUGAGCAAUACAAAAGCCAAGCUUUGAAGGACAGGGCUGAAUACAAGAGAGCCAGCCUAAUGAACGAGGGGUUCCACAGACCACAACUGCACCUGCAGUCCAUCGAUGACUCCGAGUCACUUGACUAUGCUGUGUUUCAGUCAAGGCUGCAGAAGCGAGAGAUUGGGCAAGGGUACCUUGAAGCCAUAUCUGAGGUCAAGAAGCAGAAUUGGCUGGGCCUGCUGGGGAUGAGCCUCUCACGCACAGAUAUCAGCUUGUGCGUUCUGCUGUACUUCCUGACCUUUCUAUGUCUGGUCUCCAUGUAUCUCUAUUUCAGAAUGAGGUUUCGUUGGUGGAAAUGGAAAAAUAGAUUUGCAUCUGCUUGAUUUGGAGUGGAGCGUACCACAGAAAGAAACGAUGGAAUGAAUACAUUGACUGUGUAGGCCACAGGGAGUGCAAUGAUUUCACCACCCCCACCCCUCCCCUUUAUUAAUCCUUUAUAGAUGAAGAAGGCCUUGACUUAAAAACACUUAGUUACCUGUAGUUGAGAUAAACACUAUUUCUUAUGGGUCACUUGCAAAUAUACAAUUCUGGUCAUGUUUGGUUUCAAAUUAAGAUGUAUCAGCUUUAGCACAUUGCAACUUGACUUCUCUUUCCUAACUAAAAAAAGACAUGGUCCGUCUCUCCAAUAAUGUUCCAUUGCUGUUUGAAGGCAUUCCUGUUUGAGAAAGUAUGUUAGUACACUAAGUCUAAUGUAAUGCUUAACCUUGAUAAAUAUACCAGAAUCAAAAUUAGAUAAACCUCUUGCACCUGCCUUAAAAAGGAUGUAUAAGGCCAGAUUUUGCUGUUCCUGUGCUCGGGCAUGUUGAAUCACCCAGGUGAAGGUUGAUGGGAAAGCUGGGGAAGGAGGGAAACUGGCCGAAUUUUUUCCCAGAAACAGGUAAAUAUGCUCUUUGGUAGUCAGGCCCCCUCAUUGGUGGCAGGGUAACUAGGGAACAUCACUUCCAAAACUCUAGCAAGCUGUACUUUACAAGUGACUACUUCUGAAACAUUUCCAAAGAUCCAACCAAGACCCCUUCUUGGAAAUAGCUUUGUUCAAAAGCAUGGUGAACUGGAUAGAUAUCCCCACAUGCAUAGCAUGUUUGAUGGCCCUGAUUUUACAUCACUGCAUGCUUGCUUACCUUGGGAAGCACUUUCAUAAGAGAAUCUCAAUUAAGAGCCCAUCACAAACUCACCGGCUGCAGACUACUCAACCUGCACUCUGUGAUACCUGGUAGAUGUCAAGACUUCCAGGGCUAUAGGGGAAGUGGGAGAAUUUUCUCUCUUUUUGGAGGGAAUGCUAGUUUGAGCUGAAAAGUAUUAAGUAGAAGCUGGCACCAAGCUAAGGAUGGAAAAUAUUUUGGGCCUUUAAUAAGGCACUGUGUACAAAAGGAUUUUUUCUUGUGUUAUUGUUUGGUAUUAAUCUGGCUGAGAUUGUCAGCUCAUUCAUAUAAAUAAAAAACUUGUCAACCAGA